AUGUCUCGUUCAUCGGCUUCCAAUACCAGCAAAUUCGUACCACCCCACUACGCCGACAAGCUGGCCACUCCAGACGAACAGCUAUGCUCGCAAAUCGCAGGCAACGCCUCCGCCGACACCAAACGCUUCUGCUGGUCCAUGUUCAAGUACUUCGUCAACGAACCACAUUGGUUUAGUUCGAAGAUUGGGCACUCUGUCAAUCUGGUGGAGGUGAAUGUGUGGGAUGUGGACGGUGCGUCGGCGGAGAAGGGAGGAGAUAAACCAGCGAGGGCGGAGACUGUGUUCGAGGUGGAGGUGACGGAGGAUAUGUGCAAUCUCUUUGGUAUCAUGCACGGGGCCUGUGCCGCAUACCUCAUUGACCACUGCUCUGUGUCAUCUCUGAUCGCACUGGGUUACAAUGUCGGAAAAGAUGGAACUGGCCUUUCCCAAUCCAUGAACAUCAUCUGGAAUGAAGCAGCACCACUCGGAACCAAGCUGCGCAUCGUCAACACCUCCAUGAUCAUGCGAGGACGUGUCCGAACCUGCCGAUCAGAGCUCUGGAAUGGCCCCAGGCUCUGUGUAACUGGUGUUCACUCGCUCGUAAACGCACCACAUAAGAUGCAGGCUCCUGGAUGCAACUCGACUCGACCCACGUCUUCCAGCAAGUCCCGCCCCAAUGCUCCAGCACCAAGGCCGGGUUCAGGCUACUCUCCGCAAAACGAGGUGAUGCUGGCAGCGAAGCUGUAG